AUGGGUUCAAUUCCAGAGGAGAAGAUUCCAUACGUGGACGUUCUGCUCGUUGGAGCUGGAUUUGCUUCUUUCACGCUCUUGAACAGACUACGAAAGCUUGGUCUUUCUGUUGAGAUUUACGAGAAGGGUGCAGCGAGUGGUGGCAUCUGGUAUUGGAAUUGCUAUCCUGGCGCUCGCGUCGACUCAGAUACACCGAUCUAUCAACUCUUCGACAAAGAGCUUUGGGAGGACUUCACAUACAAGGAGCGCUAUCCCGCGUGGCCUGAGCUGCGGAGAUAUUUCCAACAUGUUGAGAAGAAGUGGAAGAUCAGCGAGCAUACAACAUACAACAAGCAAGUAGACACUGCUACCUUCGACGAGAAGACGAAUCUAUGGACGAUCGAGACAGCAGACGAGACUAAAAUCCAGGCACGAUGGUUUAUGCCUUGCAUCGGCUUUGCGUCUAAGCACUACUCGCCACCUUUCCCCGGACUCAGUAACUUCAAGGGAGAGGUCUACCACACUGCGAAGUGGCCACAGCAUGGUGUGAACUUCCGCGGCAAGCGAGUCGCCGUUGUCGGUACUGGUGCAUCAGGAAUUCAAACUAUUCAGGAACUCAGUCCGAAAGUUAAAGAAAUGACUGCUUACAUUCGCACGCCCAACUUGGCCCUCCCCAUGAAUCAGAGGACGCUUGAUCCAGAGGAAGAGCAGCGGAAGAAGGACGAUGGCACAUACGAGAAGGCCAUCAAUGACACACGCAAGACAUUCUCAGGCUUCACAUACGACUUCGUCGACAAGAAGACCUUUGACGACUCACCCGAGGACCGCGAGAAAUUCUACCACAAGCUCUUGGUCGAGGAAGGUGGCUUCAAGUACUGGCUGGCCAACUACUCCGAUUUGCUCUUUGAUGACAAAGCCAAUGACGAAGCCUACAACUUCUGGCGUCAGACUGUUUUGAAGCGUGUCAAGGACCCAGAGAAGCAAAAGAUUCUUGCACCCGAGAAGAAGCCUCAUCCAUGGGGCACCAAGCGUCCAUCGCUCGAGCAGAACUUCUACGAAGUCGUUGACGAGCCUCACGUCGAGAUCAUCGAUAUCAACGAGAACCCAAUCGAGGGUGUUGAAGCCGAAGGGUUGAGAACACCGAAGGGUCUCAAGCCUAUUGAUGUCUUGAUCCUCGCCACCGGCUUCGAUUCUGUGACUGGAUCCCUCGCACAGCUGAAUAUCCGCAGUGUCAACGAUGAGACUAUCGCAGAUCACUGGAAGGAUGGCACGAAGACAUCGAUGGGAAUUUCUAUUCCUGGCUUCCCGAAUAUGUUCUUCCUUUACGGCCCACAGGCCCCAACUGCUUUCUCCAAUGGACCCAGCUGCACGCAGUUCCAAGCUGAGUUUGUCGAAGAGGCCAUGAAGAGAAUUCAAAAGGACGGUAUCACCAGGUUUGAGGCUACACCUGAGGCUGAGGCGGAUUGGUGUAAGAGGAUGAACGAGAAAUGGGACGUCACCCUCUUCCCGAUGGCCAAGUCGUGGUACUCUGGCGCCAACAUUCCCGGCAAGAAGGUCGAGCCACUUAACUGGGCAGGCGGCAUGGUCGAGUAUGUCGACUCGUUGCACAAGAGCUUGGAGAAUGAUUAUCAGGGCUGGAAUGUUCAGAAGGAGCCUGCGAAGGCAUAG